CACCAGCACCCCGCCCAGAGCAGCGCCGCUGCCCAAGUCCUCAUAGGCAGGAGGAGCCCCGGGACCUGUGGACCUGUGAGCCUGGGUGUCCUGGGUCCUUCUGCCUGGCCAUCUGGUGGUGGCACUUGUCCCUCCUGCCGGCCUCCCGGGAGCCACACCUUGCAGACGCCAGCUCCCCGCUCAGCCCGGAGCCCAGCAUGCCUCUCCCAGGCGUCAUGGGCGUCUUGCUGUUGUCCUCUGCUCUUCUUGUCGCUGGGCUGUCAGCAGCUCCCCAGAGCUUCUCGCCUUCUCUGAGGAGCUGGUCGGGCGCCCCCUGCAGGCUGUCCCGGGCGGAGUCGGAGCGCCGCUGCCGUGCUCCCGGGCAGCCGCCAGGGGGCGCGCUGUGCCACGGCCGCGGCCGGUGCGAGUGCGGGGUCUGCAUCUGUCACGUGACCGAGCCUGGGACCUUCUUCGGGCCGCUGUGCGAGUGUCACGAGUGGGUGUGCCAGACCUACGACGGCGACACCUGCGCAGGUCACGGCACCUGUGACUGUGGUAAAUGCCGAUGUGACGUAGGAUGGUUUGGGGACGCUUGCCAGUAUCCUACUAAGUGUGACUUGACCAAGAAGACCAGCAACCAGAUGUGCAAGAAUUCUCAAGAUGUCAUCUGCUCUAAUGCAGGUACAUGCCACUGUGGCAGGUGUAAGUGUGACAAUUCAGAUGGAAAUGGACUCGUUUAUGGUAAAUUUUGUGAGUGUGAUGAUAGAGAAUGUAUGGAUGAGGAAACAGAAGAGAUAUGCGGAGGCCAUGGGAAGUGUUACUGUGGAAACUGUUACUGUGAGGCUGGUUGGCAUGGAGAUAAAUGUGAGUUCCAGUGCGACAUCACCCCUUGGGAAAGCAAAGGAAGAUGCACAUCUCCAGAUGGAAAAACCUGCAGUAACAGAGGGACUUGUGUGUGUGGAGAAUGUUCUUGCCAUGACGUUGAUCCCACUGGUGACUGGGGAGAUAUUCACGGGGACACCUGUGAAUGUGACGAAAGGGACUGUAGAGCUGUUUAUGACAGAUACUCUGAUGAUUUCUGUUCAGGUCACGGGCAGUGUAACUGUGGAAGAUGCGACUGCAAAGUGGGCUGGCAUGGGGAAAAGUGCGAGCAGCCGCUGUCCUGCCAGCUGACCUCCGAGGAGAGCGCCAGGAAGUGCCAGGGAAGCUCGGGUCUGCCCUGCUCUGGAAGGGGCAAAUGUGAAUGUGGCAAAUGCACUUGCUACCCUCCCGGGGACAGCAGGGUGUACAGCAAGACCUGCGAGUGUGACGACCGCCACUGUGAGGACCUGCAGGGAGUGGUCUGCGGAGGCCAUGGCAGGUGCUCCUGUGGCCGCUGCGUUUGCGCGAGGGGAUGGUUUGGCAAGCUGUGCCAGCAUCCGCGGAAGUGCAACCUGACGGAGGAGCAAAGCAGGAGUCUGUGUGAGUCAGCAGAUGGCACACUGUGCUCGGGGAAGGGUUCUUGUCAUUGCGGAAAGUGCAUUUGUUCUGCUGAAGAGUGGUAUGUUUCAGGGGAAUUCUGUGACUGCGAUGACAGAGACUGUGACAGACAUGAUGGUCUCAUUUGCACAGGGAAUGGAAUUUGCAGCUGUGGAAACUGUGAGUGCUGGGACGGAUGGAAUGGAAACGCGUGUGAAAUCUGGUUGGGCACCGAAUUUCCUUAAUGAUUCUUGAGGAGACAACUGGAUUCUUAUCUUCUAGGCCAUUUAGAACAUAGAAACGCAGGGGAGGCUGUGUACAACCUUCAAUGGGACAGAUUUAACAGACAGUGGCAUGUUUCUCUAUAUCUGACUGCUUGAGUGAAAUCUGGAUGCCCAUGAGAUGUGAGUCCAUCAAACUCUGAUAUAAAUGACAUCGUAAAGAAUACUCCGUUCAUAAUUGGCAACAGUGUUUCUUAGUUGAUGAGGGGCCGUUUUGCUACCCACAAGAUGUUUGGCAAGUUUACAGACAGCUUUAGUUUUCACACUGGGUGGGGUAGGAUGGUGUAUAUGAUGGGCAUCUCAGAGGUGGAGGCCACAGAUGGUGCUAAACACACUGUAGUUCAUAGAUGGGACCUCACAGCAAAGAAUUUCCUUUUGUACAACAUCUGUAGAACUAUCAUUAAAAAAGGAAAACCAAAAACACAUGUACAGUUUCUUUGGACUUCACAUCAAUACCAGAAAAAAAACACUAUAUUUGAAUGUAAGGAUAAAAUUUUCUCUUCCAUACAUCCAUUGUUCAUAUUUCCCAGGAUUCCGUGUGACUCUGCAUUUGCAUGCGGGGAUGAUAAGGACAAGCAUAUAUGAGGUGGGAUGCUGUGCUGCGGCUUCCCAGAUCCAAAGUGCUUCCAGAAAUGAAAGACUGGUCCUUGUUAACCAUUAAGCCAUUUGUCUGUUCUCACUUUAAACUCACAAGAGUUUCUUAAAGAAAUUAUGAAAAAUGUACAAUUUAACAUGUUAAUAAAUAGUAACAUAACUUCAUACCUUGUGUUGGUAUAUAUUAACCCACUGAUAAUUAAAAGCAGCAAAAAAUUUGAAUUGUUAUUCAGAGAUAUCCACUUUAGUUUCCAAGGACUAACAGAACACAGUUUUUAAAGGAGGCAUGGGUUAUGCCUGAAACAAGAAGAGUUUUCAGUAUUUAAAAUAUUCUAUGUGAUAUGGGCUUUUUUUUUAGGAGGCAGUAGCUAAUUUGGAAUAUGUGGGGCUGCAGAUAUGCAUUGAUUGCUCUUAAAAGGUUUAAAAAGUUCUAUCUACAGAACAAAGUCAUAUAAAGAGAACCAGCCUCACUAAAUGAUACCUACCUCGGAAAGACCCAAAAACCAUGAAAUAGUUUAAGUCAGAAUUUCACAUAUUCUCACUCAGUGAAAUAAACAAAAUGCUUAUUUUCUUGAUGAAAUUUUUGUCUGUAUGCAGUCAGAUCUCCUUAUGCACCUCAGUUUCACUAACCAUUAAUAAGUCAGGGCUAAAAGGAAUAACCCCACAUACGUUAUAAACCAUUUUUGUUAAAUCCUAAAGUAGUAGAGCAAAAUCACCUCUGUAUUGUUUUGAGAUGAACAUUUUAUUUUCAAGUUUUAUGUUAAUAAUGUAAGUGUUCUUGAUUCAUUUCUUAGACUUCAUAAAUCAAGUCACCAAAAAAGAGAGAAAAUAUGCCACUACUGUGUUCCUAGUGAUUAACAUUGAAAAAUUAUUUGAAGAGAUAAUUUCACUGAUGCUGGUUUUAUAGAAAUAAGUGCAUUCUCAUCAUUUAACAAAUUAAUAAAGUAGUCAUUUUUAUCCUGAGAUUAGGGAAUAAAAUCAUACUAUUUGUAUUUCUUAUCACCGAGCAUGAAAAAUUAAUUGGUCAGUCAGUUUUGUAAGAUGUGGGAAAUAUAACCAUUUAAGAAAUACUA